AGGUUAUUCAUCUUUUGGCUGGAAUAAUUCCAUUGUUUUCACUUCUCAAUCGCUUAGACAAAUGGUGUCGUGGAUAGAUAGGUGUAAAUUCCUACAAAGUGAUUUGUUCCUUGGACGUGUUGCUUUAAUAUUUCUGGUUUUGCAAAAUGCUGCCGUUGUCCUCGUGACUCGAUAUUCUCGUGCUAGAGAAGGAGAUUUGUAUUUUCCUUCAACAGCAGUGGUGAUGAGUGAAUUAGUGAAACUUUUAGUCUGUUUUCUACUAGUUUUUUUCGAAGAGAAAUGUUCCGUUGCUUCAUUUAUACACAGUUUGCGGGACAAUAUAAUAAAAGAUCCAAAGGAUUGUCUUCUGGUAUCCAUCCCGGGAAUGAUUUACACAAUUCAAAAUAACCUACUAUUUGUUGGUUACUCAAAUUUAGAUGCUGUCUCUUUUCAGAUAUCAUAUCAAUUGAAGAUUUUCACAACAGCAAUCUUCUUUAGAAUAAUCUUAUCGAAACACUUAAGCCGAAUACAAUGGUGUUCUUUAUGUGUUCUAUUCACUGGUGUUGUAUUAACACAGCUCAAUGAUGUUGUCAAUUCCAGUGCUGGGAAAACUGCAAGUACAACGGAGAACAAUCAAAACCUAUUUGUCGGUCUUUCUUCUGUUGUAUUAGCUUGUAGUUGUUCCGGUUUUGCUGGUGUUUUCUUUGAAAAAUUAUUAAAAAGUAGUCAUAAAAGUGUAGCUAUACGUAAUAUACAAUUGGCAUUCUAUGGUGUUACCACCGGUAUCAUAACAGUCUAUUUGAAAGAUGGUAAAGAAAUUGCUAGGAAACAUUUUUUCUUCGGUUACGAUUCUGUUGUAUGGGCAGCAAUAUUAAUUCAGUCAUUAGGUGGUUUACUAAUCGCAGCAACUAUUCGUUAUGCUGAUAAUAUACGUAAAGGAUUUGCCUCAUCAUUGGCUAUUGUACUUACUUUUAUUUUGUCAAUAUUUUGGUUUAAUUUUAAUCCGACACUUUCAUUUUAUAUUGGUGCUAUUUUAGUAGUUAUUGCUACUAUUUUGUAUUCAUCUUAUCCACCUUCAAAUGAUCAUAGCACUACUACUACUACUACUACUAAUAGUAAAGAUAAACACAAUGGCUUUGAUACUCAAAAGUUCAUAUCGGAGUCAAAUUUCAGGCAUAAGUUAUCUGUUUAAUUUCAGUAUUUUGAUAUUAAGUUUUUGCCUUUAUUUUCUAAAAGCAAUGGUCGAAAUGCCUUAGCAUCAAUCAAAAAGCAAUUUGAUUAUUGGUUGUUUUUUUUUGUUGUUGGAACAAUCACUUAAUUCUGCUUUUGGUGAUUUGUUUCUUACAUAUUUUUAUUCUUUUUUUUUUCUGUCUGUGAUAACCUUUAGGUAUUUUUAUCUUUUUUUUAUUUGCUAUGAGGAGACAUUGUCUUCAGGAAAUUCUAAUUUCUUUUUCCAUUAUGUGGAUAUAAGUGUCACUGCUUAGAUAAAAAUUAUUUAUUCUGAAUUAAUGUUCCAAAAAAAAUACAUUAUUUUCAGUUAUAACACUGCUUUC